CAAUUAUGUGGGACGGUCGUCCAAUUGCAGAAUAUCACAGAAGGUGAACAAUGCAAAGCAGAGACGGCGCCAAACAAGGCUCAGGAAACGAAAGAUGAUAUGCGAAAGCGAUCUGAGCUGGAACAGCGGCUAGCACUCGAAAGGAAAGAAGCUAAGCGGAAGAAGAGGGAGUUAGAGCAACAGCAAGCAUUGGAGAGGAAAGAGAUCAAACGACAGCGGAUCGAGCUAGAGCAGCAGGUAGCACUCGAGAAGAAAAUGGCAAAGCAAAAGAAGGUGAUAUUGGAGCAACAGAAAGCAUUGGAGAAGAGAGAGAUCAAGCGGAAGCGGGUCGAGCUAGAGCAGCGGCUAGCACUCGAAAAGAAAGAGGCUAAGCGGAAGAAGAGGGAGUUAGAGCAACAGCAAGCAUUGGAGAGGAAAGAGAUCAAACGACAGCGGAUCGAGCUAGAGCAGCAGAUAGCACUCGAAAAGAAAGAAGCAAAGCGAAGGGCAAGUUGA